CUACCUCUAAGCAAGGAAGCAAAUAUGUCACAGUUCCUAAGCAAUGAGAAUGAUGACAGCAUGUUAAAUAUGUCCCUUAGUCUAAGUGAAGGGGAAAGUGACAGAAUGCCCCGAGUAACUAGAUCACUCAGUCUAAGAGAAAGUGAACCAGAGGACAAGUUUGAGGAUGCCCAUGAAAGUAUCCCUGUGGCAACAACAAUGAACCUCUUUUCAUCCUUGGAAGAAUGCACAACUGGGUUGUAUUUAUUUCUAAAUAACAGAUUCUCAGAUGCCAUCAAUCUUAUUCAACCGUGGUCAAAAAACAGCCCAUACCACGCCCUAAUAUACAGUAUGCUUAUGGUUGUCAAGGCCAUCCUGACCUUUGAGCCACAGGAUAUUCAGAUUGGAAUUAAUGCUGCAAAGGAUGCUUUGAAAACCUGCAACAAUUUCCGAAAAAGACCUAGGAUGACGACUUUAUCUCGCCUAGUGAGUAGGCAGGGAAUAAACUCUAUCAAAGAGGAGGAAUUGCAUGCAGAAGUCUGUUAUGCCGAGUGUCUGAUCUUGAAGUCUGCCAUAACAUUUAUACAGGACGACAGUUUGCUGAGUUUUUUUAAAAGUGGCAUGAACUUUGGGUCAAGCUUUCAAAUAUACAAAGACUGCCAACGGGUCUUAGCACUUAUGUCUGACAACCAGAGCAAAGCCCACAGACACCUGGAUGGAGGGGUCAAAUUUGGACUUGGCGUAUUCAAUCUGAUGUUUUCACUUGUGCCACCAGCGUCACUUAAACCUCUUAACAUGGUUGGCUAUUCUGGAGACAGAGAAGUGGGCCUGGCUUUGCUUCACGAGAGUGCAUCCGAACCCCACAUAAAUAACAUCUUAAGCGUUUUCACUCUUCUAUUUUAUUACAAUUAUGUACGUGUAGUUGUUGGUGUUGAAAAGGUUUCCACUACUGCCACAGAGAGUCUCUUCCUAAUCUACCUGGAGAGAUUCCCCAACUGUGUUGUACUUAAAUUUUUUUGUGCACGUUUUAGCAUGCUAAGUGGAAAUUUUGAAACCGCACAGUUAAGGUUACAAGAGUGCAUCCUUACUCAGAACGAGUGGAAGCAGGUCCACCACCUCUGUUACUGGGAACUCAUGUGGUGCCACAUUUUCCUGCAGAAUUGGAAGCAGGCAUACAAAUACGCCAAUCUACUGUCUCAACAUAGCAGGUGGUCUAAGGCAAUAUAUAUGUACAGCAAAGCUAUAAUACUGGCCUUGCUUCCUCCUGAUUAUGUGGAAUCAGAAACUGAGAAAAUGAGAUCUGUCUUCUUACAUGUGGAUAGCCUUAGAAUCAAAAUUUUAGGCUCUUCUCUACCAAUAGAAAAGUUUAUUGCUGAGAAAAGUCAGCGCUACGGUUCCACAACAGGCUGGUUUACAGCACAGCCCCUUCUGGAAUUCAUUUACGCCUGGAGUGGUUUCCGAGUCAUGAGCAAGAAAAUAGAGCUUAUUUCAAGUUGGCUAGCAAUAAUUGACAGAGGAAAAGACCUUUUGAGUGAGAAUCAAAAAACAAGCAAGGAGUAUGGCACAGAUGACAUGAGUUUGCUAAAUUUGUUGAAAGGUCUGUGCCUGAAACACUUAGGCAAACACUUGAAGGCUGAGCACUACUUUAUUCGUGUUAUCAAGAAGGAGAAAAUGUUAAAAUAUGACCGCUACUUGGUGCCAUACAGUUACUAUGAGCUGGGAAUGCUGCACUAUCUGAAGGGAGACUACACCAGUGCCAUGAAGAACCUAGACCACAUAAAGAACUAUAAAGACUACUCCAUGGAAGCCCGGCUACAGUUUAGGGCUCACGUUGCCCUUGAACAGAUCUCUAAAUUAGAGAAGUGAUUCUUAACCCAGUGUACUUUAGUUUAGUAGA